AUGUCUGAAGCAAAUCAGUCGCAAGGCGGAUCCGGCCUAAAGGGUAUUCGACGCAUCAAUACCGGUCUAUCCGAAGCCAGCGCACAUCAACCUCGAAGCAGUGCGAGCGGCAGUGGACGAUUAUCGCUGCAUAUUCCAAACGCAUAUCCCAGAGCGCUCUCGCCGAGGUCGCCGAAUUCGCGGGAUGCGACCCCGAAAUCUUCUAGGCCUGGCUCACCAUCAGAGUCCGCACCGCAACAGCAACAGCAGCAGUCAUCGACAUCGACAUCGUCCGUGUUCGGCAACUUGAAAGGCGGGCACAUUCCAUCAGUCUCGACUCGGGAAGACAAUGUGCGCAUCGUCGCGCACAGCCGAUCAAGUAGUCGAAGCAGCGUUCAGGCACCCAAGAUCCAUGUCUAUAGAAGGGACAGCUCGCUCAUCACUGCCCAACACGUCGACCAUGUCAAUACGCCAAUCGCAUCUUCAGACCCAGUGCUGCAAGAGGCACAAGUGCAUCUCAGUCCCACUUCUCUCUCAGCUCGUCUAUUUGGCCCACUGCGCGACAUACAACACUUCUUUGCAACCGAUGAAACCUCUUCCGGGUCAGCUAGAGACUUUCUAGCCCGCGAGCGAAACUUUUUCAGCUGGCUUAGACUCUCCUGCCUCCUCGCCAUCCUUUCGGCUUCGCUCAUUCUACAACUACAACUGCCCAAUACAGCACGCACAUCCUCCCGUUCACCUCAUGCUUCGCCUCGACGUCGAUCCGAUACAAAUCCGGUCGACUGGGAUGACCUCCCACUCUCAUCCAAGGCUUUCGCUGCUACUUUCUUCAUCAUGUCUCUGCUAUCCCUCGGCACAGGCUUAGCUGACUAUCUCUCCGCUGAAAGACAUCUCGAAAAGGAACACGUCGACUUUGACGAAACCGAAGGUGUCUUUUUGAACGACGGCCACACUUCACACUUUGUUCAUGCCAUCGUUUUGGUCAUAGGGGCUGGAAUCACUGCUUUCGCACUUUGGCUGCUGGCGGUUUGA